AUGUCUCAAACACCAGAAUAAAAUCGAAAUUAAGAAGUGUGGCUACGAAACUCAUUGAACAAAAACAAUAGAUUAGAAUUCGAGAUAAAGUCUUUGCAAAAUGAAGUGAAAACCAAGAAUCAAUAAUUAUCAUAAUUAGAAAUGGAUUAUAAGGGUCAAGUCAAUUAACUAUAACAGCAAAUUCAAAUAAAUCAAUCAUUACAACUUCAAAUUCAAUAGAUUUCCCAAGGCAACACAGAUCAAAAGAAAGCAAUUGAAUAAUUAACUGACCAAAAUAAUUAAUUGAAAAAUUAGCUGAAGCAAGUUUAAGAAACUAAUAACAUUGAAAAGGAUUAAAGUAAACAGAAUUUGGAAAGAGCCAACACAGAUAUCCAAAAGCUAAAGAAUGAAAUACUUUAAUUACAGAGAAAUAAUGACAGUUUAUAAUAAUAAAAAACAUACCAAAUCUCGUAAUUGGAUACCAAUUCUAAAAAAGUAAUAGAAGAACUCUAAGAAUAAAUUCGUAAAAUGUAAUUGUCAGCCACAAGUAAAAUAGAAUCAUUGACUUCUGAGUUGUCUUUAAAAAAUGAUCAAUUGGAUAAAUUAAUGAAGGAAAUUAAUAUCAAAAAGAAUGAACUUUACUAGAGUACUGCCAACUAUGAAGCUGUAAAUGCAACAAAAUCCUAGUAAUUGAUUUAAGCAUAAUAAAUCUAAUAAAAAUGUUAAUAAGACUUUAAUGAUAAGCUAGCAUAAUUUUAAUUGUAAGCAUAAAUGAAGAUAACUUAAAUGGAAUAGGAAAUAGGCUAAAAAAAUACAAUAAUUGAAAAGGCCAAUUAAGAUCUGGCCAAAAAGGCAUAAGAAAUAAAGGAAAAUAAUUAAAAUUUUGAAUAGAUUAACAAUUAGAAUCAAAAGAAGUUGUAAUAAAUGAUGAUUCAGGUUCAGAAAUUAUAAUUAGCAAUUGAAUCAGAGAACACUCAAUAUGAUAGAAAAAAGGGUGAUCUAAAGGUAUAGAUUGAUAAUCUAGAAAAAGAUUUAAAUAUGUAAUAAUAAUCCUCCAAUUAAUACACUUAAAAAUUGAAUAAUGAAAUCAAUCAACUAAAGAACCAAAACUUGGAUUUAUAAAGACAGCUGAGUGAAAAACACAAAUCCCUUUGUUUAUCAUAAACAGAAUCAGAUGCUUAAAUCAAAUAAUUGAAUUUAUAAGUUGCCUCAUUUUAAAAGGAAAUUUAAUUGAAAAAUUAGUAGCUUCAGUAAGCAGAAAGCUAAUUAUUAGAGAUGAAGGUCUUGAAAGUUUAAGAAAUAGACUAGAUGAAAUUGAAGUUUGAUCAGAGAGAGAAAGAACUAUUAAUCUAGAAUGAUUAAUUAAACAAUAAUAAUAAGAUGUAAUCCUAAAAGGUUAUAACUUUAUCAAAUGAAGAAUUAAAUCGACAAAUAAAACAGGUAGAUUAAUUUUGGACUGAAAAAUACAAUAAUUUAUCAAAAUAGACAAAAGAAGAUAUUUAUCAAUUAACUUAAUAAUAUCAGAUGUAAUUGGCAUAGAUGGAUUAAACUAACAAGGAAAAGAUUUACGUAAUCGAGUAGAAUCAUAAUUAAUUUUUAAAUUCUUAGAAAGAAUUAUUUAAUGUUUAAUUAUCAUUGCUUAAUAAACAGAUCUUAGAUUUAUAAAAGGAGAGAGAGAAUUCUAUUAUUCAAUUAGAUUUGAUGAAGGUCAAGUUAAACGAACUUUAAGAUAAGACAUAAAAUUUUAAUAGUAGAGAUUAAAGAAAAGAUGAAUUAAUGUAGAAUUAGAUGGCAACAUUGAAAAAUAGCAAAGAGGAGUUAUUAAAUGUGAUCAAUUAAUAAAAUUUAGCCCAUAAAAAGGAGAUCUAUAAUUUAUAAACUAAAAUUGACUAAUUGUAACAGCAGUAUGAUAAUUCUGUAAGAGAAGGAAAAUAAAUCAAGGAAUAAUUGAAGCUAUCUCAGCUUGAAGCAUAGUAAGUCUAUAAUUUGAGUCAUUAGAAGAACAAGGAAUCAUUAAAUGCUCAAGCUGAUAAAGAUUCAGAGAUCAUAAAAUUAUAGUCAGAAUUAUCAAGAGUGGAAACAUUAUAUAAAUAAGUUGUUUUAGAAUUAAAAAUCAUUAAUGAAUAGAAAAAUGAUCUACAAGUGAUUGAUGAUUUCUAAUUAAAAGAGAAAGAUAUUGAAAUUGGAAAUUAGAAGAGUUAUAUAUUGGAAUUGAAGCAGAAGUUACAAUAAUUAUAGAAAAGAAUUAAUGAGUUGGAAUUAUAAUUAUAAAAUGCGAAUAAAAAGUUGGGAUAAAAAGAUUAAGAAGCAAAGAAAGAGAUUGAAAAUCUAAAUCAAAGAAUCACUAUUCAGAAACGAUAAAUUUAGGAAGAAAGAGAAAGAUGCGAUGAAUUAGCAGAAGCAUAAGAAAUGGAAGUUUAAACUUGGAAUGAAAGAUUGAAAGAAUAAUAGAAAUUGAAUGAAGAUUUAAUUAUAUAAUUGAUGAGAUUACAAUAAUAGACAUCACAAAAUUCAGGUUUAAUAAAUGAAUUGCAAAAUUUAAAACAAUAAUUCGAAAUAGUAACUAAUUAAUAUAAGCAAUUGCAAGAGGAUGCAGAGGAGGCUACUAAAUAAAAGAGUAUGGUUAAAAAUGUUUAAAUUUAGAUGUUAUAAAAUCAUUAUAAUAAAUAAAUGGAUGUGUUGACUUAAUAAUUAGAGGAUAUGAAAUAAUCAAAUUUAAAUUAAAAACUAGAAUUUCCAAUCAUGGAUUUUAAUGUUUAAAUCAUAGCAUUAAAUGAUUUAUUAGUAAAAAAGAAUGCUGAAAUUAAUUAAUUAAAGUCCUAAACUCAAUAAAAAUUAUUAGAGAAAGACAGUGUUAUUGAUUAAUAAAGAGAAUAUGCCUAACAACUAUUAAGUGAAUUUGAAAAAUUAUAGGUACAACUAAUGGAUCAACAUGAAUUUUAAGAAAGGGCAGACAAUCUCUAAAUGAUUAAUGAGGAAAAGGAUAAUUCUAUAAUAUAUUUAAAAGAGGAAAUUGCUAAAUUAAAAUAAGAAAAUAAAUUAAUUAAAGGAAAGUUGGAUUUGAAGGAGUAAUCCAUGGUUGUAAUCUAGGAUUAAUAGUAAUUGAUCAAAUAAUUAAAAAUUGAAUUGUAAAAUAAAUAAAAGAAUAUCUAACCUAAAUAAAUUGCUGUUUCUCAUUAAUAAACAAUGAAAAGUUCUAUACACAGAAUGAGCAAAAGAUCAGAGUCUAGCAGAUAGGAAAAAUCUGAAGUUGAUUGGAAUGGAGAAUCUCAGUUUUUAAUGGAAAAUGGGAAUAAUAAAUUGCCAUGCUUUCAUCAAUAGUCUUCGGAAUCAUUUACUGAUAAUAAACUCAUUGAGAAAAUGAAUUCAGAAAUAGUUGACACUAAUAUUAGAUUAAGAAAUUAGGUAGAUUUACUUAAUUAAGAUAAAUAAAGUCUAUAAAAUGAUUUAACUAGAACAAUUCAGAGUUUGAAUUAAGUUAAAAAUGAAAAUAGUGAAUUAAUUCUUAAACUUUAAUACGUUCAAAAGGCAUUAGAAUCUUCAUAAUAAAAUUAGGAAAAAUUAGAGAGAGAAAUAAAUUAAAAGAAGAAAAAAGAAAUAAAUAUUGUAUCAUUUGAUGAUUAAAUUAAUUCAAAAGUAAAGGCUAUGAACUAAUAAUUAGAAAAUUUAUAAUCAUCAAAAACGUAAUAAACGCAAUUAAUAAAUCAAUUAUAAUAAGAGCAUUCUGAGUUAUAUCAAUAAAUAGAUAGACUAAAUGAUUAAAAUAGAGAACUAAGAAAAAAUAUAACUGUAAUAAAUGAAUUAAAUUAAACUUAAGAAUAACAGAUUUUAGAAUUAUAGAUGAAGUUAAAGUAAGAAUAGUUGGUAACUGUUAAAUAAAAUUCCGAAGUUAGAGUAUUUUAAUUGAAGCAAGAUUAAACUUCUUAAAUUGUAUCAUUUGAGAAUUAACAAUUAAAAUAAUAAAAUGUAGAAUUACAAAAUAAAAUUUAAGAGUAAAAUUAAUUAAUUUCUAAUUAUGAAAACUAGUAGCAAAAGAAAAAUGGAUUAGAGAAGAAAUAUGAGGAAUAAUAGAAAUAAUUAAGUUUAUAUCUUGAUAAGAUAGAUAAUUUAGAAAAUGAGAAAAGAUAGCUGGAAUAGGAAUAAAAUAGGAUAAUAAUGGAUAGUAACAAGCUAUUAGUAAGAAAUGAAGAUUAUGCUAUAAAGGUCAACUAAUUAGAAAAGACAUACUAAUAGUUGAAAUAAUAACUACAAGAACAGUAAGCUUAACAUGAAAAACAAUAGUAUUUUUAGAAAGAGAAAAAUAGUAAUUGCAAUCUUAGGUUAAAUUGUUAAAUAUUUCAUUGUAAAACUUACAAAGAUUAAAUAAAUCACAAUGUUCUGAGGAAGAUUCUAAAAAUAAUUAAUUAGUGGCUGAUAAAUAAAUUAAUGAUUUAAAUUCAAAAUUGCAAGAAAAGAUUCUUCAAAAUAAAAACCUCUAAUUAUAAACUGAACAAUAGAAUGUCGAGAUUAGAAGUCUGA